UUCGCGCGGCGUUUCUAAGAUAUUGUCAAAACUUUUGGGAAAUAUCAAUGACUGCCGAUCCCUCACGGGCCUCCGUACUUCACUACAGCGGAGGCGAGGUAAAUCCGAAAGUCAGCUAUCUCCGACUAGGCCCCGCCCCCUGACCAGCUAGCCACGCCUCGGCUGGAAUGUUGCGCUCUGGCGGGUUUGGUCCAUAGUCAGGGUCCAUUGAGAAAGUAGCUGUGAUCCCGGCGGCAGCCUGAGGUUUGAGAGCGAGCGGGACUGAGCUAGAGCCUGGGGGUGUCGCUGUUGUUGUCUGCACACACAGAGCUGGAUUCACUUGCUCCCAGCCUUGUUACCGCUAUUUACGCAGCGCCGGGGAAAGCCCUGAAAUCACCUGCCGCCUGUGCUCUGAGCAAUAGCCCAGCUGGACUCGUUCUCAGCACUAGUCGCCCGGACUCCUCGUACAUUGUCAGCUGGCAGCGAUCUCUGGCUCCCUCUCAUUCCCUGGCAGCUUGGGGCAGCGCAUCACACUCAGGGACUGCUGGAUAGAUCUCACCCUGCUGGGCACCUCCUCGCAUCGCACCCACACCUCUCCAUAGUCUAUGAGGAUCCUUCGCCUUGCUUCAACCAACCCCUUGUCGACUCGUGUGUAGGGCUGACGACCGAUGUGGGCAUGUGGGCAGCUUGAUCCUGCCUUGUCCUCCAGCCCCACCCCCUGCCUGGCCACCCUGACUGCCCAGCGCACAGACAUGUCCAGAAGGAAACAGAGCAAUCCCAGACAGAUCAAACGUUCCCUUGGUGACAUGGAGGACACAGAAGACAAGCUUAUAGAUGAGUCCAUUCAUUCUGAAAAUGGAGUCUCUUCAGAUCAGGAUGGAUCAGUUGAUUGUGGUUCUCAUAGCCCUGCAAACAGUGACAGCAAUGAAGGAAAUGGAUGCAACUCUGUGACUCCGUGUUUGGAGCACGAAAGUGAAGAUGUGACCUCAAAACCUUCCCUUGAUGAGCUUGGUCAGGUCCCGACAUCUCCAUGUACUUCAGAGGGGGAUUUAGGAGGAGAUGAAGAUAACAUUGAGGAACCUAGAAGCCCAUCCAAUACUGAAGAUGCUGAAGAACCACAAAUAUGGAAUGGGCCAGAUGAGCUAGAAUUGGAAAUUUCUUCUACAGAUGGAGUUGGGCAUAUUCGUGCCAGAAGUCAGCUGCACAAAGGCUUCUCUUGGGGACCCUACAAAGGGAACUUCACUGGCUCCUCAUCUUCACCUGGUCCGGCUGACUUGAACAUCUCCCUUUCGUUGGAUGUGGAUGGUGAUUGCUGGCUGAAGUAUGUGACUUUAGUCUCCUGUGAAGCUGAAGCUAAUGCUGUUCUCUACCGGAAAGGUGACCUAAUCUGGUGCAAGACAUCACAAAUAGUGGAACAAGAUGAAGUCAUCCAAGCCUUCUUAAUGGCUGAGCCCCAGGCCAUUCCCAACUACACAAUAAAAGAAGAGCCAGGAGAGACUUCCCAGUGUACUUCUACUCUACCAGAGUUCCAACUGCUCCCUCAACAGGCCGGUAUGGCUGCAAUUCUUGCCACAGCUGUUGUCAACAAGGAUGUAUUUCCUUGUAAGGACUGUGGAAUCUGGUACCGCAGUGAGAGAAACCUCCAGGCACAUCUCAUGUAUUACUGUGCCAGUCGCCAAAGUUCGACAUCCCCAUCCAUGGAGGAGAAAGCUAAGGAUUCGUAUCCCAAUGAGAGAAUCUGCCCUUUUCCGCAAUGCAAAAAGAGUUGCCCUAGUACCAGCUCGCUGGAGAUUCAUAUGAGGAGUCAUAGUGGCGAGAGACCGUUUGUGUGCCUGAUCUGUCUGUCUGCCUUUACUACCAAAGCCAACUGUGAACGCCAUCUUAAAGUUCACACAGACACCCUGAAUGGUGUUUGCCACGGCUGUGGGUUCAUCUCAACCACUAGAGAUAUCCUUUACAGUCAUCUAGUGACCAAUCACAUGGUCUGCCAACCAGGAUCCAAGGUUGAUGUGUACCCUGUUGUAAAAGCAGUACCUGCAGUCAAGUCAUCAAACCCAGUUGUGAGCCAAAUAGCCUCUUCCAGUCUUCUGAAAUGUGGCUUGUGUGGAUUUUUGGCAGAUGGACUUCCAAGUCUUCAACAACAUGCACUUCUGCACACUACAAAUCCCGUACCUUCUGCCACUCACUCUGUCAAGUCCCCCCCAGAAAAUAUAAAUGAAAAACAAAACCCUGAAUCACAAGAAAAUGGAAAUGCCAAGUCACCUAUCUCAUCAUCAUCAUCAGCAUCUUCUCGUAGUGAAGAGACCCCUCUAAAACUCUAUAUAAAACAGGAGCCAGAAGGGCAACUCAGCAUCAGUGAAGCAGGAAGUACCACUUGUGAAGCAAAAGAUGGAGUAGCAUUAGUGCAAUCACCAGCCAUAAAGGUGAAGACUGAAAUGUCAAGUCCUACUCCUGGGUCAAGCCCUGUUCCAAAUGAGACAGGAGCUGCCACUGGUGGGGGAACAGUAAUUAUCCCACACUAUGUAUUUGGGCAUGAGGCUACUGCAGCUAUAGUCCCUCAGGCAUCUGAGAUUCUUGCCAAGAUGUCUGAGUUAGUACACAGUCGUCUAAAACAGGGCCAGGCAGUUACUCCAGCAGGAUUUUCAGGGUCUGCUGUACCAAAAGGCGCUACAUGUUUUGAGUGUGAAAUUACCUUCAAUAAUAUUAACAACUACUAUGUACAUAAAAGAUUGUAUUGCUCUGGAAGACAUGUUUCAGAUGAAAAUUCUAGUAGUGCUCGUAAAGUCAAGGCUUUACCAGCUAGAACAGCAUUAGCAUCUGGUUUCUCCUCUACUGAACAAGAAGCAUCCCCACCACAAGAAGAUGCAGGCGAAGAGAGCAGUGCGCCAGUUGUUGCAGUGAAACUAGAGGAGAACUCUGGCAUGGAUUGUGAAGGAGCAGGAAGUGGUCAUGUGAGUGAGGGCAGUCAGAGCCCCAGCUCCUUAGACGAUCCAGAAGAAGACCCAAACCGCACAGUUUGCGGGGCUUGCAACAUCCGUUUUAGCCGUCAUGAAACAUAUGUAGUGCACAAACGGUACUACUGUGCGUCACGACAUGACCCACCAUUGCGUCGUAGGGAAGUUAACAAACCUGGGCCUCCAUAUACCACUCAGCCAACUCCACGCACACGGAAACGGCGUAAGUUAUAUGAAAUUCAUGGUGUUGCUCCAACAGAAUCCACUCCUCCCUCACCACAUACUCUGGGAAGGGUAGAAGCUAUGGCACUGAUGCCAGGCCUGAUACCUGCACCUGUUAUGCCUUCCCCAAGCUCUAGUCCAGAUGCUGUUGAUGGGCCAAUAGAUCUAAGCAAGAAACCCCGCUUGGUGGCAGAAGCACCUGUUCCAUCUGCAGCCGCCACUGUGGCACCACUUGCGGACUACCAUGAAUGCACUGCAUGUCGCAUUAGUUUUAACAGCUUGGAAAGUUACCUUGCGCAUAAAAAGUUUUCCUGCCCAACUGCACCUCUACAGCAAAAAACUAUUCAGCAACUUCAGAAAGUGAAAUCUCCAUCAUCUGCUACUGGGAAGCUUGUAGAUGAUACUGUGAAGGUAAAGGUGGAAAGUAAGGCAGCUCUGAGUCCAGGAUCUGUCAGUGACACCAUCCAGCCUCUUGCUUUGCCAUUCUCUACUAUCUCAGACCCCAAACAACUUCAGCAGUACUCAUCUGUCACAGAAGCAUCCCUGUCUGCAACCACCACUUGUCCUUAUUGUCCUCAUAAUGUGAUAAUACGAGGGGACCUGCUUGAGCAUUUUAGAAGUGUCCAUGGUCUCAUACUGGCAAAGCCAACUGCAGGGCACAGAUUACAAACCACUUUUAUGGAGGUGUUGGUGCCUGCUCGUGGACAAACAAGCAGUGCAUCAGAAAACAGCCUGCCAAGUCCACCAGUAUCAUCUGCUUCACCCCUUCAGCUUCCAGGUCUAAGGAGGGAGAAUUCUAACUACAAAGAUACCACCUCCUCCUCCUCUUCAGUUAAUGGUAGCCCAAUACUGACAAGCACUCCCAGACCUCUUUUGCCAACUUCUCCUGCCCCCCCUUCAAAUUCUUUACCGUUGGCUGAAAGCCGAAGAGAAGAUGGACUUCCAAGGGUUCCGAGUCAAGUUUUACUUCCUGGGGACAAAGCAAUGCAGCCCCCCAAGCCCAGUUUGAUUUCUCCAGUGCCCAAUGGAAACCACAGGUACUGUCGCCUAUGUAACAUCAAGUUCAGCAGUCUGUCUACAUUCAUUGCUCAUAAGAAAUACUAUUGCUCCUCCCAUGCUGCAGAACAUGUGAAAUAACAGAGGCUGACCCAGUAAGAAAAUGGCUAGUCGUAAUGGAUUAAAAAAAUGUGGAAUCAGUAGCGUUUUAGGUGCGGUCCGUACCUUUUUGUUGGCAUCAAUUCAAAGAACAGAUGUUAAAAAGGCACUUGGUUCAAUCGAGUAGCAGUAUAGUGAAGUCCGCCUGUUUUAUAGACAAUGAGCAAGCUUACUCUUCAAGUGGAUCUCCAUUCUCACAUCCAUAGAGUGUGAAUUUUUGGAACCAUUAACUAACAGCAAAGGGGGGACAAUGGUUUCUACGUAGUUUAGUCCUUCCCUCAAAGCAAAUGGUUUAUGUUCCAGUUGCAUCCAAAUUUGCACUGCUUCUCCACUUGUUAUUUUGUAUCUGCCUCCAAUUUGUUAAGCACAAGAGAAAAACAAGAGAAAAACUGUUACAAAGGACAUAUUAAAAUGAAGGCACGCGUGUCUUCGUUACAGGGUUGGGAAGGGAAUAAUUGUUUUCUAGUAAGUUAUUUUUAAGAUGUAUUUAAAAGAAAUUUUAAAGAGAAAAAUUCUAAAGUGUUUUUAUAAUGUAAGCUCUUUUCAGAUUUUCAAAAUGGGGUAUUUCUUCAGCGACGUUAUCUUUUUUUCCUAAGGCAACUUCAUGGUAUUACUGUCAGGUCCUUGCACUAAUACUGGGAUAUUUUAAUUAAUGCAAGCAGCUCGUCCUCUUGGCCAGCAGUCUGAGGUCUUUGAUUAUAAGUGCUCCUCUUUUAAUGGAUAUCCACUCUUGAAUUUCUCAGGUUCCCGUGGGAUUUUAAAGAAGCAGGGGGCUUUUAUUACUUUGAGAAAUCACAGUGUAAAAUUUCCUUAAAACAAUAAAGUGGCUAAAAAUGAUGGGGGCCUGAAGGGAGGAAGAGGAAACCAUCGAAACUCACACGCCACCUUUUUAUUAAUAAAGCCAUAACUACUGUUACCUGUCAAGAUUUUCUACAGUGGAAGGGACCGCGCUGUAGGUUCAGUGCCACUUUGUUAACAUUAUAAAAAAAAUCAUUUUACAUUGCUAUUUUUAUACAUCUGUAGACCAGACAGACAUUCCAAGCAUAUGGCCAGACUCAAAAAUUGCUUUUCUCAGAUGAUACUGUUUUAGUGUAUUGGAAACCGCGCAGAGUAUGCCCAGAAGUUACAGGAAUUACUUUUCCCUAUUCUCUAACCUUAGCAGACCCAAGGGCCAUAUUGCUAAACAUACAGUAGGAUAUUAAUUUUCUCCUUUAUUGCAAAUGGUUUCACAAGUGGCCAUGAUAGAUUUUUUAUAAAGUAAUUCCACAAGGGCUUAAAGAACUCUUAAAUUCACAUACCUUUAUGCAUUUAUACAAUGCACUGGCACAAAAAGGAGGUGUUUAAAGCACUAAUUAGAGCAGGAGAGUAAUAUCUCAUUAACUUCUGAUGCCAUGGCCGUUAUGAUUGGUUGUUUUUUUUUUUAAAGGUAUUUUUACAUGGCAUUAUAUUAUGACCAAAACUGGAAAACAAAAUGUGUUAAAAAAUAGUCCAUAAAAGUAUAUUUAUAUAUUAAUAUAGAUACCAAGAGCACUGAUUCACAAACAAAACACACAUUUCUGGUGACUAACAGUGUGUAUAAACCUGUACAUAAAUAAAAACCUGUGUAUAACAAAU